AUGUCAUCAGUUCUCAAGCAUGCCCGAAGCCUUUCGGGAGUAUCACGGCUAAGAGCAGACCUGCUCAAUAGUCGUUUAUACAAGGCAAUAUUUUAUCAUGACGCCAAGUUUUCCGUACAUUAUUCGCGCAAUUUCCUGGCUGGCCUAAGCCCAGGCAGUUUCCGUUCGUUUCAGUCCACGGCGUUCCUCAAUGUGCCCGAGUCACUUGCAAUCGACACUCAACACUCACAUUUGGAUAAUCUCUUCAAUAAAGAGCGAUCAGAUUCAUCACUUGACGAACAAUGCGCAGCAUUGCUCCAAGAAUCGGUGAAUAGCUCGCUCAGAGAGAAAAGGCUUGAGAAGACCGCCAGCAUCAGAGUGAAACCGAAGCCCGCCGAAUACCUCUCGAAAGCUUUGCGAAACACUGGCCACCCCCUUGGAUAUGACGGCCAGUCAGCUGGGCUUGAUCGGGCUCUUUCCAAAUAUUCUCUCCAAACACAGAACGAGUUGAGGACAGUUGGUCGACCAAAAAAGCCGUCACUGCCGGUUAUUCUUGGGGAGUAUAUACGAGAGGUGGACCCGUUGCUUUCGUCUGUGUCGGAUAAAAGUACGGAGAAAGAUUUGAAUAUCGCUCUGCAGAAGGUAUUCAGAAGCACAAGCCAUGAUUAUUUAUCAUCGCGUGGCUACGAUGCCGCCGAUGUGACUGCUUGGGCCUGGAUCAUGAAGAGCCAGAAUGCCCACGAGGCAAUGGUACGGCUGUUUUUGUUCGAAACGGACAGAGCCAAAUCUGGCGCUGCUAGCCCAAACAUUCCACCUUUCAUUCCCCUCCAUCUUUUGAGACAGCAAAAUCUCGAUGCUCACACGUUCCGUUUGCUUUUAAUCCACUCUUUACAUCUGAUGAGCGGACAUACCUUCCCCAUUGCCGAAGCUCCUUCUGGGGUUGCCGAACAUGAUCUUGAGCUACCCCCUGAGGUCUUCCGCCCUCAAAUCGAUUCUGGCACCUGUAUGAUUUUGGUCGUUCGUUUAAUCCGUCAUGCUCGGCGAGUGUGGCCACAAUCACUUCUCACUAUUUCACGUGCAUUCGCUCGCUUCCUCUCAGCCCCAAGGGCUGAUAACGCCGAGAGGUCAGCUUUGGUGACGCGAAAUGAUGAUCGCGUCAAAACCGUCAAAUUUAAUGAAUGUCUCUGGUUACUUUCUAUACCGGCUAACAUUGCCCCUUACCGAUCUACAUCUAUUCAACAGCAAGCGCAAUUUGAGCUUCUUCGAGCUAUGGCAACCCAUAAGCCCGUCCUUCCCGUCACAAGACAGGGAUAUCGAGCAGUUGUUGCAGUCCAACUGGCCCAUAAGAAAACAUCCGAAGAGCGCCAGUCUGCUGAACUUAAAGCUCCGUCAUGGCCUCCUUGGAAGGAAGAGAAACUAGGAAUUGAUUCUCAGCGCGGGAAUGAGGGGAUGUUCAGCCGUGCGAUGCAGGUACUUUCACAAAUGAAAGAUGCUGGCUAUUCCCAUCGUCUGUGGGAGGACAUAUCCUCGAUUUUGGCCGGUUGGGAUACCGAUCACAGCCCGACAGUGCAGACGAGAGCUAUGAUGCGUCGCCCGCAAGCUUUACCGGACAGACAUGGAUCUAAGUCCAAUCAUCACGAAAUGUGGGUUGCUCGCAUUCGGUCUACGAGGACUGUCCGUGAGGCCUGGGCGUGUUUUCUCUCCUAUCAGGAUCAUGGGCUACCCCCAAAGGGUGCUAUCUACGCUGCCAUGGCUGAAAAGUUAAUAUAUCGACGACACGCCAUGGAACGCGAUUUUGACCAAAUGAGUCAUGCUCUUCCAGGGGAUGGCCGUGAAGUUCACGCCGAACCGGCUUCCGCUCGUGACAUUAUCUAUGUGCCCACAGAACCGCCUACCAUGGAUGAGUUACUUGACCAGAUGCGUGCACAAGGGCUUCGGCCCUCUGGGAGAUUCCUCAGCCUACUACUUCAGUCGGCUACUUCUCUGCGGUCUGGAUUGUAUUAUCUCCAAUGCAGUGGCCUGACAGAUGCUCAUAUAGAGGUGCUCUCCAUCGUGCGGGCCAAGCCCCGCAAAUACCACAGUUUGGACCUUGAAGCUUUUCAUGAAUUGCCGGACUUGGUGUUUGCAUCGUUCAUCAAGUUCCUAUGCACACAUUCAGAUAUAUCCAGUCUGGAUAGCGGUAAUCGAAAUAUUCUCACAACCGACCGUUUCCCGGCAUUGAUAGCGGCCGACUCUUCGACUGGUGCGAAAAUAGACCUUAUCGCAUACUCCAAGGAACAUCCAGGAAACCGGCAUCAUCCAAGGGCUUUAUGGCACGCGAUCCAAUUGACUAAAUUGCGACGUGCUCCUUACACCCCUGCCUGGACUCACAUUUUAUCUGCUCUGACCCGCGAGCGCCUCACUGGGUAUUAUGGCCCAAGAAGCCGAAGUCUUCAGCGCAUACUGGGAUGGCACCAGGCUCUCAGAGCAUUGAGCUGGAUGCGACAGCGCGAUGUCGAACUUGGCGAGGAAGGAUUCCGCAUUUUAUGUGUGGCAUUUACGAAAGCCAUUGACGCUGCCCUCAGACACCCUGGCACUGCCGAACAAAGCUUUAUGCUGAUCCAUAAUGCUCGUAUCCGUCGUCUCAAGGCUAAAAACGAGGGUGAUGACGAAAUUGACGCUUUGAUGCAACAUGCGCUGCAGGUUUUGAAGCAUCAGUUUGAUCAUCUCGUUCUCCCAGCCUCCAAAACCUCGGAGCAUGCGGAGCGAAGCAUCUUUGCAGCAGAUAUCGUUUCCGAAACACAGCUCAAAGUUCCCUCGAUGCUGCAAAUACCAUCACCUGCCACGCUACAUGCUUUUGUUCGGGCUUUGGGGUCCGUAGGAGAUGACGAAGGGUUGUUGCAUCUGCUGCACUGGAUGAGUCAGUCAGCUGAUCUACUGAAAGAAGCUGCAGAUGAACAUGCAAAUGGACACAAAAUGAUGCGUCGAACCCUUGUGGCGAUCAGGGUGUUUUUGGAAAGACGACAGCAACGAAUCGACACGCGGAUACCAUCGGACCUGAUCAUGGAGGCAUGCGACCUUAUCAGCCGGACAGGCUGGGACUGGCCGAGUGAUGCGGAGGUUACAGAAUACUGCCAGUGA